AUGGAUCUACCCACCCUAAGGUCCUCCAUGGAUUCUUCGCUCCUCACCAUGCGCUCUGGCAUGGACUCUCUAGUCCAGAACAACCACCAGGAAGCCAUGCAGGAGCUCAACGAGAGGCUGGCCGGCUACCUCCAACGUGUUCGGGGGUUGGAGGAAGAGAACCACAAGCUGCAAGAGGAGAUCGAUGAGCUGUCGGCGCAGAAGAGCUCGGUGGCCCGGGACUGGGACACGUACCAGGCACCACUGCAGCAGCUCCGCAAACAGGCAGAAGAUCUGAACAUGGACAACGCUAAGCUUCUCCUGCAGAUUGACAACGCCAGACUGGCCGCGGAUGACUUCAAAGUAAAGUUGGAGGCAGAACAAGCCAUAUGUGAUGGGGUCCAAAAGGACACACAAGGCCUCCGCAAGAUGAUCGAUGACACUAAUUUCCAACGGAUGAAGCUGGAGUCUGAGGUGGAGGCACUGCGAGAGGAGCUGGCCCACCUGACUCGGGAUCACAAGGAGGAAGUAGGCGCUCUUCAGGACCUCAUCGCCAACAACAAUGUGAAGAUAGAGGUGGACGCCCCCAAGAAGCCCGACCUGAACGAGAGCAUCGCUCACAUCCGCAGCCAGUAUGAAAAGAUGGCCGAGCAGAAUCGCUUGGAGGCAGAAAAUGCCUACAAAACUAAAUUUGACGCCUUGUCCCAGGAGGCGAACUCCAACACGAAAUCCCUCGAACAGGCCAAGAAUGAAGUGGCGGACCUGCGCCGUCAGCUGCAAGCUUUAGAGAUGGAACGUCAGACCCUGCAGAAGACGGCGGAUUCUCUAGAUCACGUCCUGAAAGACACAGAAGAUCACUACGCCUCCCAGUUAAUGGAACUGAACCGCGUGCUUGCCCGACUCCAAGACGAGCUGGCCGCCUGCCGUUCUGACAUAGAGCGCCAAGUUCGAGAUUACGAUGCCCUGCUGAACUUGAAGUCCAAGCUGGAGAAUGAAAUUCAUGACUACCGAACGUUGCUGGAGGGUGUCACUGACAGGUGA